GAAAUAUUACAAGUUACAGUUUAACUCUAAAAUAUAUUGGGUAGAGCAGAGAAGCUAUACACUAUUUAGAAAACAUACAGCUAACCUUAUACUUAUAAAGAAUGGUAUAUCAAGAAAUUGCUCAUAUAAUGAGAUAUUUAACUCGAUAAUAAAAUAAAAGCCAGUAUUUAAAUGAUUACAUGUGAUAAUACAAUAUCUACUAAAAUAUUCGCUUUAAGAAAUGCUUCUGAUGUUUGUACGAGAGAGUAUAUUUGGAAAGACGAUUGUGUAGUAUUAAGGAUUAAAGAAAGUUAGGAUUCUUUCGCUUGGUCUUUAUUAACAACAUUCCCUGCAUAUCGAUCGACAUACUAUAAGAUCUUUUUAUACUAAAAGAAAGGUGCGUUGAACUUUUCCUUCGUAAAAUGAUACGGCGCAGUCCGACGAGAAUCGACUUACGACUAGACGAUCUGCAAGAAUAUGAGGCGAUGAGGAAAGCUCUCGAAGCUAAGAAAGAAUCAGAAAGACCACCAACAACAUUCAAUCCUCCCCCCUGGGGUGGUAAAAUCCCGCAAAGUGAAAUUCAAGAACGCAUCGGUUAUAUGCCACAACAAGCUCAAACUACACAUUGUCGCCCAAAUUUAUAGCUUUUUAUAUAAUACUUAUGUAUUCUGAAUUAUAUUAUUUUUUAUGUUUAUUCCAAUAUUGCCAUGUAAUUGACUGGAGUCCAUCAUGAAAUAAAAUAAAUCCAUUGAAAUUCA